AUGGGCAGCCAACCCUGUUUCCUGUACAGGCAGCUGGCCUUCCACCCCAAGCCCGUACCCGACAAGACCCGCGUCGACGGCCAAACAGCACUCGUGACAGGCGCAGGAACCAUCGGCAGCCUGGGCCACGAGGCGGCCAAGGAGAUGGCGGCGCACGGGCUGUCGCGGCUCAUCGUCGCCGCGCGCACCGUCGCCAAGGCCGAGGCGGCGCGGCAGGACACCGUCAAGGGCAACAGCGGGGUGCACGUCGAGGUGUGGGAGCUGGACUACGAGUCGUGGCCGAGCAUCCAGGCCUUUGCGCGGCAGGCGGCGCAGCUGGACCGGCUUGGCAUCGUGGUGCUGUCGGCCGGCGUCAAGCUCCUCGAGUACAAGAGGUCGGGGACGGGGCAUGAGGCGCACGUGCAGGUCAACCACCUAGGCACGGCCCUGCUUUCGCUCGCGCUGCUGGAGCCCCUACAGCGGACGGCGCAACGACUCGGCUCGCCGACUAAGAUGGCCAUAGUCACCUCCGAGGUUCAUUUUUGGACCAAAUUCGAAGAGCACAAGGCGCCCAACAUCAUCGACCGCAUGGACGGCCCGGACUCGUUCAAGCAGAACAGCAUGGACCGCUACAACGCCAGCAAGCUCCUGAACCAGCUUUGGCUGCGCGAGCUGGACGCCAGGACAGACGGGUCCGUAAUCAUCAACGGUGUCAAUCCGGGCCUGUGUGCCAGCUCGCUGCAUCGCUCGCACUCGGGCAUCGCGGUUUUCAACAAGGUGUUUGCGUGGUCCUCUCAAGAGGGCGGGCAUGCUUUGGCGGACACUGCGCUGCAGCACGCGGAACGAGGGGCUUAUAUUAGUGAGCAGGUUAUAAAGCAGUGA